AUGGCAAACAAAUCCUACUCUGGUCCUCCGCGCACGGUUGUGCUCCUCCAUGGCAAAAACUUCUGCGGAGCGACAUGGAACGCCACUGCUGAAGUGCUCCUGGCCCAAGGAUACCGAGUUGUCCUACCGGACCAAAUUGGAUUCUGCAAGUCUGACAAGCCGGAUGCAUAUCAAUUUUCACUGCAGCAGUUCGCACUGAACACCAAGAAUAUCCUCACUAGCUUGAAUCUCACCUCUGUCUACGUACUGGGCCACUCAAUGGGUGGCAUGCUUGCAACACGAUUUUCCCUCAUGUAUCCGGACAUGGUCACAGGGCUGAUACUGGUGAACCCUAUUGGACUAGAGGACUGGAAAGCCAAGGGCGUGCCAUACCUAUCAGUCGACAGCAUCUACACCUCGGAGCGCGCUUCAAGUUAUACCUCGAUUCGUGGGUAUGAGCAAGCCACCUACUACGUAAACACAUGGUCACCGGCGUACGACGUCUGGGUCAACAUGUUGCUCGCGGUGUACAACGGCAGCCGGGCAGAGAUCUAUGUCUUUGAUCAGGCGCUUGUCACGGAUAUGGUGAUCACUCAGCCCAUAGCAUACGAGUUCUCACUCUUGUCGAAUACGCCGACACUGUUGAUGAUCGACGAGAAGGAUAACACCGCUAUUGGGAAGCAGUGGAGUCCUCCUACAGUGGCAGCCAAGCUUGGUAAUUAUACGGCGUUGGGCAGAGCGACAGCAGACGCUAUCGGUGAGAAUUGCACAUACGUAGCAUUUUCGGACUUAGGAUACGCACCGCAGAUACAGGAGCCCGACAGGUUCCAUAACGCGGUAUUGGGAUGGUUGGAAAGCCAUUAA